AGCUCACGGAUUGCCUUUCCACAAGCCUUUUGUAAUUAUAAAUAUCACGUCGUAUACACAAUAUCUUUGAAUGUUAGGAGACGGCUUUAUGUCUCUACUAUGGUAAGUUAAAUAUUCCAUAUAAGACAAUACGUUUAUAAAACAAAGUCAAUUUAAAAGAUGUGAUUCUACAUGUUUAUACCGACGACGUAUGUUUAUGUUCGCUGAAUGAAUGAAUGACAGCACUGUGUGCUGCUCGGGACGGCGGAGAGACGGAGCGGCUGUAGGCUGAUCCUGCCGCACAGCACAGUCGAACACACGGUGCUCCUCCCAGCAUCGCAACAUCUGCUCUGCGUGGAAAAAACAGCCGUUUGUGCUAUUUUGAAGGAGACCCGCGCAUAAACACGUCUAAAAAGGGAGAUGCAGUGAGUGACGCCAGCCUGGCGAUGAAGGGCGGCCGUGCAGCGCGCGGCGGUGGCGGGGGGACAGGGGACGACAGGGACCAGCAGCGCUACGCACGCAAGAUGCAGCCUCAAGAUUAUGGAUCCGAGACGUUUGAACGGGCCGAAACACCGGAGGGGCUAUAAUUAAUGCAGCCGUGUGCGUCAUUAAACGGGAUCUAACCGCAUAACCGCUUUGCGGUUCCAGUUCAUGGAGGCUUGCUACUGCCCGUGGCUCCAGCAUGUCACACUCCUCUCCCGCCGGUGGCGGCCAUAACUCCAGCAUCGGAACCUGGGACCCAGGAACCCUGAGCCCAUCUUCCACAGCCACCAGUGUGGUGAAGAUGACGCUGAUUUCGGCCAUCAUGUGCACCUCGCUGUUCGGCAACGUGCUGGUGCUGCUGGUGUUUCAGCGCAAGCCGCAGUUGCUGCACGUGGCUAAUCGCUUCGUGCUGAACCUGCUGCUGGCCGACCUGCUGCAGACCGUCCUGGUGAUGCCCUUCGCCAUCGCGGCAGCCCUGCCUGGCGUCUGGCCGCUGGAUAGGCGUCUAUGUCAGGCCCUGGUGGUGCUCAUGCACCUCUUCGCCUUCACCGGCGUCAACACCAUAAUCGUGGUGUCGGUGGACCGCUACCUGGCCAUCAUCCACCCGCUCUCCUACCCCACCCGCAUGACGCCGCACCUCGGCACCAACCUGAUUGCUGCCACAUGGCUGGUCAGCGCACUGCAGAGCACGCCGCCGCUCUAUGGCUGGGGCGCCAUUGGCUUCGACCGGCGGCACGGAACCUGCACCGUUUUCUGGGCCUCCAGCCAGUCCUACGCCGCUCUGCUCUCCACGCUGUCAUUUUGGCUCCCGGCGACCAUCAUGCUAGCCUGCUAUUGGAUGGUGUUCCGGGCAGCUAGGAGGCAGAACGCCCUGGUGCACCCCAUCCAUUCGGCCCCCCCCCAGGACCGCCACAUAGCUGCAGCCACCCCACAGGGCCCCGACACUCAGCAGCUGACUGCCUCACCCUCCCUGGAAGGGAACCCCAGCCGGAGCCGGAACAGACGCUUCCAGUACCAUUGCAAAGCAGCACGGGUGGUGUUCAUCAUCACAGGCUCUUACGUGAUGAGCAUGGGUCCCUACAGCAUCCUGGGAUCAGUACUGGCACACUCGCAUGCUUCGGUGCCGUCGUGGCUGGCCGCGCUGGUGCUUGUCCUCUUCUUCCUGCAGUGCUGCGUGCACCCCUACACCUACGGCUACAUGCACCGCAGCGUCCGCAAGGAGUUCACCAGCCUGCUCUGCGGCCCCCUCAUUUGCAUCCGGGAUGGCCAGCGCUCCCAUCGGGGAUCUGGGCCGACAGACAUUCGCUCUGGCCACCUGCACCUACCGGGGGUGGCCGCACGAGUCUGUCCCCAGCACAUCUGGGAAGAGGGAACCGUUUCAUCCUCCCCGACAGAGAGAAGGUCCAAGGACAGCAGGAAGGAGACCACCUCAAUCAGCCUCAUAUCAGAGAAGUGACAGGACAGUCGGUCAUAGUGUUUGGGUCUGCCCCUAACCCCUACAUCUACUAGCAAUUUUCUGUUAGUAAAAAGCAAAUUGUAGAUGAUUUAGUAGUUUAGGAAAAAAUAUUGUUAAACUCAAUUAUUUCCGAAAUAGCAGUUGCUCCUGUGAUUUGGUGGUGUCCCAAACAGUGGUAAACUGUUUCAGCUUCCUAGUGACUCAUUUCCGGCAUAGACUCUACUGCUGGGUGAAAAUACGCCACGUACAGAGAGAACGACUGUUCCCAGUGACUCUUAGAUCCUAAGGUCAAACAGAGCUAAUAUGCUCCACCCACAGACUUGAAAAGAACAGCUCCCUACCUCCCUUUGUCAGGUGCCCCUUCACUAAAGUCCUUUGUACAUUACCUACAGAACCCGGAUUUGCGGUAUGUACAGAGCCUCAACGUUUUAAAACGUUUAAGUCAGUAUUUGGAAUGCACCCUUUGAUCAGUGGUGCUGUGCCAAGGGACGUCCCUGGUAAAAUGAAACGGAUGUUGACUUCAUAGGUUGUGAAAAACAUUACCUCAAAAUACUGUGUGAUUCAGUGUAUUCAGCAAAGUAAUUAUUUUGUGUUACAACGUAGACAAAGUGAAAAUAGAAUUUGU